AUGUCGGCGCCUUGGUCAGAACCCGCCCCGCGAAGGAAGGCCAAUUACAAAGUCCGCUUUCGGCAUGGUGUGUAUCCUGAUCUGGAAAGCCAGGCUACUAGGGCGGACAUCAAGAAGUACGACUACUUCUUUGGUGCGGCGCAGAGAUGGGUUGGUACACCGGGAACAUUGGACUUUGUCGAUGAGUCGUCUCUCGUAGCUGAAGAGUUCGAGGGCCCCGGAAGUGCUGAUCGAAGGAAGACACCGAAACAUCUGGUUCGCUCCAGAACGGCUGAAAAGAUACCCCAGUCGGUAUCGAGGAAAAGCCCGCAAGCAAGAGAGCGACAUAUGCGCACGACGAGUCGAAGCUGGAAUGAUCGAGUGCUCAUACCCGCAGCACCACAGACCACGCCCGACCUAUGGCAGCUUCCGUCGCAUGUCCGGCGACACACAAGCCCAGCACCAGGCUCUGUCUCAAGUCUUUCCAGCCUUGAUGAGCCCCUACCUGGAGCCUGGCGCUCUGAUAUCCCCUCACCACACCCAUUCAUUCCAACCAACCAAGCUUUACUGGUAGCAUGGCCGAUACCUGACCCUAUCGAAGCGUAUCUCUUUCGAUUCUGGGUAGAGAAAGCAUCGGACGCGCUAGACAUAACAAGUCCCUCUAGUAUCUUCAAGAACAUCGUCCCAAAGCUCGCAUUGACAAGUCCGAUGCUCAUGAACGCCAUCUUGAUGAUUUCCGGACAGUGCAUACUGCGCUUCGAUCGGUAUUUCCCCACCAGACCGUACGACUACCAUGAAAGGCUAUUGCAGAGUCUUAUACCGUAUAUUGCCGAGAAGGGACAAAUCGAGGACGAGGCGACGCUGGUGGCCGCCAUGCUGCUGCGAAACUUUGAGGACUUCCAUGCGGGUACACAGGGGCAAUCGCAUCUCUCGACGUUUGAACUCUUCUAUGGUCCCGAAGGCUGGGUUUUCGACAUGUCUAGUCCGGUUGUGCAAGCCGCUCUGGUACUCCACGUACAUACUGAAGUCAGCCAGGCAUUGCUCAACCAACCCAGUCUGCGCAUUGACUAUGAAAACUUUAUCUUGCCAGCUUUAGUGUCGCCAGUUGACGAGGUUUCGUGGAGUAAUCGCAUAUUAUGGCUCAGUGCACGCAUCCUGCAGUGGGCUCAGAGAGGCGUACGGACAAUGGCCGAGUGGCAGUAUCUUCGCAGUCUGGUCGACGAGUGGGAGAGAAGGCGCCCUGCAAGCUUCGACGCCUUCUUCUACCAAGAAGGCAAUCCACAUUCCGUCGGGGGAUCUCCAGAGCUGUGGUUCUCUGGUGCUUGUCAUGCGGAGGCGAACCAGCAGCUGCGAAUAUGUCGCAUUACACUUGCGAUUUACAAUCCAGGAAUGAAUGCGCAAGGCGUACACGGGAUCGUAGUUGCAGAUUCUGCACAUGGUGAAGCCUUGAGAAUUUUGAGAGAGAUGAUAGCUAUCGCUCGGUGCAAUGCUCAUUGUAUUUCUGCGCAAUGGGAUGCUGCGUAUACGGUACAUAAGUUUGGUUCCGUACUGCAAGAUAAUCAGGAUCGAUGCAAGAUGGUCGAAUUUCUAGAAGAGGUGCAGGCCACAGGCAUGCCGACACGCACGUCGGUUGAGCAUCUCAAAGAGCAUUGGAACUGGAGAUGGAAUCAUAACGCAGGAGAAAUGAAUUGA